GCCACCCCUUCUCCCUGCUUGAAAAGGAAAUCAGGGUUUAAGCAUUAGAGACCAGAAGAUGGACCUUGUAUGUGCCCCUGCUGGCUUCACUUGAGUCCAAAUAACUCUCUCAAGUGAUGGCCAGUGGGCAAGAUGCAUUUCCUUUGGAAUAUUUCUGGCAAACUGUAGAUUUCCUGGAUGCAUUCUGCACAUGAGCCACCUCUUCUUGGUAAACUGUGCUGCUAUAAGAAUGUUAGGAAUUGUCUUUAUUGGUUCUCCAUAUGUGCUCUAGCCACUGCAUUUCCAAGGUGAAGGGAUAGAGCGGGCUUACAAGGGAGGUGGUGAUGAACUUGGAGUCUCUCCUGGUUUGUGGUGGCUCAGUGUGCAGUCCAGUCCAUGGAGAGAGCUUGCAUGUCCUGUCUCUAUCCAGCGGUGAGUGCUCUCUCAUUUCUUCCCAGGUUGGCUGGCUCCUCUGGCUGAUGGCAUGUUGAGAUUCAAGGGCCGGUGGCAGCGAGGACUUCUGAUCCAGAGGGGACCGCUCUAGAGGCCAGGCCACCAGUACCAUGGGCCAGUGUGUCACCAAGUGCAAGAAUCCCUCAUCAACCCUGGGCAGCAAGAAUGGAGACCGUGACCCCAGCAGCAAGUCACACAACAGGCGAGGUGCAGGCCACCGCGAGGAACAGCCACCGGCCUGUGGCAAGCCAGGUGGGGAUAUCCUCGUCAAUGGGACCAAGAAGGCAGAGGCUGCCACGGAAGCCUGCCAGCUGCCCACGUCCUCAGGAGAUGCUGGGAGGGAGCCCAAGUCCAGUGCCGAGGAGUCUUCCUUGCAGAGGUUGGAGGAACUGUUCAGGCGCUACAAGGAUGAGCGGGAGGAUGCAAUUUUGGAGGAAGGCAUGGAGCGCUUUUGCAAUGACCUCUGUGUUGACCCCACGGAAUUUCGAGUGCUGCUCUUGGCUUGGAAGUUCCAGGCUGCUACCAUGUGCAAAUUCACCAGGAAGGAGUUUUUUGAUGGCUGCAAAGCAAUAAGUGCAGACAGCAUUGACGGGAUCUGUGCACGGUUCCCCAGCCUCUUGACAGAAGCCAAGCAAGAGGACAAAUUCAAGGAUCUGUACCGGUUUACAUUUCAGUUUGGCCUGGACUCUGAAGAAGGGCAGCGGUCACUGCAUCGGGAAAUAGCCAUUGCCCUGUGGAAGCUAGUCUUUACCCAGAACAACCCGCCAGUGUUGGACCAGUGGCUACACUUCCUAACAGAGAACCCCUCGGGGGUCAAGGGCAUCUCCCGGGACACUUGGAAUAUGUUCCUUAACUUCACUCAGGUGAUUGGCCCCGACCUCAGCAACUACAGCGAAGAUGAAGCCUGGCCGAGCCUCUUCGAUACCUUUGUGGAGUGGGAGAUGGAGCGGAGGAAGAGGGAAGGGGCCGGGGGCGGUGUGCGCAGCUCAGGGCCCUUGGGCUUGUGUCCCCAGGAGCAGACUUAGUGCUCUGUCCCAGGGCGGCGCUGCCCUGGAGCCAGCCGAGGACUGGACCUUUCUGGAAAUUACCGAAGAUCCGGAUAUUUUCUACUUUACACCUUUCUCUGCCUUGUAUCUGAAAGGGCUCUAAAAUGCUGUAUCAUGUUUUAGGCACUUUCUUCACUUUUUGGUUAUUUUGGUUAUUUCCUUUUGGGGGGAUCCCCCAAAAUAUUUGAACCUGGCUACAUGUUAUGUAUCUUUUUUAUAAGCCUUCAGAUAGAAUAAGCCUGCCAUUUCUUGCACAAAUAGGUUGUUUGUGGGGGAGGGCGCCAAGCGGGGGCUGGCGGUCAGCGGAGCUAACAUUAGACACCAGUGCCAGGUCUGCUGUGCAACUGUUUCAGGGCAGGUCUGUACUGGGUGUGGUGCUGUUUACAUGGUUGAAUUGCGGUUGUGAUAAUUUUUAAAGAUUUACACGGAGUUGACUAGCAGUGUUAACUGUUAACCAUGUUGCAUUAAUUCCCUGUGAGUUAAAGCCCUUGGAGAGCCAGGGCCAGCCAAAUGUGUCCUCUGGUGACAACCCCGUCCAGCUAAUGUAUCUGAACCCUCUCUCCCGCACUUCUUGCUCAUUCCUCCGUUGACGCAUUGCAUUUCCUGUCGAGUGUACCACCAGCACGUGGCCCCUGCCAGUCGAGUGAGCGGUGUUCUAGAGCAGCCAGCACCCGAGCAUCGAGAGCAGAGAAAGCAGUGCUACCUCAGUUUGGCUGGAAGCAGUCUUUGAUAGGUGUUUUUCUUUUAUGAAUUUUCUAUAUUUUCAUGUCGUAAGUGGAGAUACUUUUUUUUUUUUUUUCAUUUGCCUUGGAGCCAAAGUUUCUGUUCCUGGUGGUCGGAAACUGCCUGCAGCCACCGGACUUGAAGGAAAACUGUGGUUUGGAGCUCUGCUUGAAUACUUUCUUAAGAGAAUUUGAGUAUCAUCAGCUUACUUGUCUGGCAGGUGCAGAAGCCUGGGGCUGGCCUGAACUCUGCCGAACGUGAGUGUAUUUAAUAGUGAACGUGUGCCCUUUCCCUCUUGCUGCGCCGUGUCGUCACUCACCCCGGGUGUUAUUUAUUAUCUGUGUUCCUGUCAGGCUCACUGGGGUGAUGUGAUGACUGUUGAGGUUUACAUUACCCUCUCCUCCUUCCCCUCCCCCAAAUAUAUAUAUGUACAUGUAUAAGAUAUGUGUAUAUUUUACCUAUCUAAAAUAUAUAUGUACACAUAUAUGUACCUAUAUUCCCGUUUGCCUGCUAAAACUGGCCCUAGAGGAGGGAGACAAGGGCCAGGGAACAUCAGGAUGGAGGCUUCUGAAUCUGAGUGUGGACCAUGGUCACUAAAGAGAAGAUGAAUUUUCUCAGCUCUUUCCUCACAAGAGGGAGGCCCAGUUGCCCGACUCCUGCGCUCGCUCCCUGAGGCCGGCUUUGGACGCUGCCCAGGAGCUGACUGUCCUACCUCGCUUCAGUGGAGGACCUGUCCUUUCCCCCUUGAAACCAUGUCCUCCGGCCUGUGCUGGAAGGGUGGCGGAGGAACUUUGGAACAGAUGGAAAAGGGAAUCUUUUAAAUAAACGUAUAAAACGCUUA